AUGGGUUUCACCGACAUGGUUAGCGACGCUGGCCUCAGCAUGCUCGACAGCUGGGUGAAGACGCGCAGCUACAUCGCAGGCUACGGCCCCUCCCAAGCCGACGUCAAGACCUUCCAGGCCACCAAGAACCCACCAAAGGUCGAGAACUACCCCCACGCCUACCGCUGGUACAAGCACAUCGCCACCUACGAGUCUGAGUUCUCCUCGCUCCCUGGCGACCCAAGCAAGUCCCACACCGCAUACGGCCCUGAGUCCUCUGAGCUCCCAAUCAACACCAAGGCACAAAACACCGAGGAGGACGAUGAUGUAGAUCUCUUCGGGUCUGAGGACGAGGAGGUCGACGAGGAGGCCGAGAAGGAGAAAGCGAGGAGGUUGGAAGAGUACAGGAAGAAGAAGGAGGGCAAGACGAAGCCAGCUGCGAAGUCCAUGGUCACGCUCGAUGUGAAGCCCUGGGACGACGAGACCGACAUGAAAGCACUCGAACAAGAAGUCCGCGCUAUCGAGAAGGAUGGUCUCGUCUGGGGUGCUUCCAAGCUUGUGGCGGUCGGUUUCGGCAUCAAGAAGCUGCAGAUCAACUUGGUCGUCGAGGACGAAAAGGUCUCCCUCGACGAGCUCCAGGAGGAGAUUGAUGGGUUCGAGGACUACGUCCAGUCUACAGACGUUCAAGCUAUGAUGAAGUUGUAG